AUGUCUCUCUUCAACUCGCCAGCGCGAGUCUUCUUCGCGGCCACGGCUCUCCGGCUCAUCCUCCUCGUCUAUGGAGGCUGGCAGGAUGCCCAUUCGGCCGUGAAAUAUACGGAUAUCGAUUACAUGGUGUUCACUGAUGCGGCCCGAUACGUGGCCAAGGGUCAGUCGCCCUAUGAGCGGGACACGUACCGCUAUACGCCGCUCUUGGCGUGGAUGCUUGUCCCUACCGCGUGGGAAGGUGCGGCGCCCUGGUCUACCUUGACUUUUGCGUUUGGGAAGGCGCUUUUUGCCUUGGCGGAUGUUCUGGCUGGGUGGUUGGUCGUUCAGCUGCUUGUGAGGUGUUAUCGAUUCCCCGUGGAGCGGGCGUUGCGCUAUGUGGCGGCUGUUUGGUUGUGGAAUCCCAUGGUUGCCAAUAUCAGUACGCGUGGUAGCUCCGAGGGGCUGCUGGGGGUGCUUGUUGCUGCGCUGCUUUGGGCAACCCUGACGCGGAAGCCCGUUGUUGCUGGGUUGAUCUUGGGAUUGGCGGUGCACUUUAAGAUUUAUCCUUUUAUCUAUGGGGUUUCGAUUUUGUGGUGGUGGGAUGCUGAGCGGGAUGGGUCCGAGUCGCCGAGAUCGGGUCUGGUCUCGCGGGUCUUGGGGUUCAUCACCCCGUCUCGCGUGAAGCUCACCCUUGCGGCGCUGGCGAGCUUCGUGGCCUUAAAUGUGGUCAUGUAUGUUCAGUAUGGCCACCCAUUCCUCCAACAUACCUUCUUUCACCAUCUUACCCGCAUCGACCACCGCCACAAUUUCUCUCCCUACAGCACCUUGCUAUACUUGUCGGCAGCCGGUGAAGCGGAGACACACUUUGAGGCGUUGGCGUUCAUCCCACAGCUCGUCCUGGUCGUCAUUGCUUUACCACUCGUCUUGGCAAAGAAGAGCUUGACUACGGCGAUGCUUGCGCAGACUUUUACUUUCGUUACCUUUAACAAAGUCUGUACCAGCCAGUACUUCCUCUGGUACCUCAUUCUACUACCUUUCUAUCUUCCUUCCUCGUCUCUUAUCCGCAGACCCGCUCUGGGAAUCACGGCCGCUCUUCUUUGGGUCCUUGGCCAGGCUCUCUGGCUUUCUCAAGGGUACAAUCUUGAGUUCCUAGGACUCUCAGCGUUUGUGCCUGGACUCUUCCUCGCGGGACUGUUCUUCUUUGCAGUGAAUGUCUGGAUAUUGGGUAUCAUCGUCCGAGACGGCGGCGACGGUGCGGGUGAAAUCGAGAGUGAAAGUGAAGAUCGCAAACUACGUUGA